GCCAAAAUAGGUCUGCGUUUUUCCCGACAGAAAUGGAUGUGCUACUACAAGCAUAUAGUGACUACGAGCCCAUAUUCCGUAAGAGAAGCAACACGGUUGCAGCGGCGAAAGAGAGAGAGUUAGCUUGGGGGAAAAUAGCUGCCCGAGUCAAUGCGUGCAAUCCUGCAGGCAUAAAAAGAACGUGGCAGCAGCUAAAAAUGAAAUAUAAAAACAUAAUUCAAACAGCCAACAGAAAGAAGGCAGAGGCCAGAAAAACUGGUGGAGGACCUGCACCACCACCACUGACACAUGCAGAGGAGAUGGCCCUCAGCCUGAACACUGGAAAGCCAGUGGCUGAGGGAAUUCCUGGAGGGAGUUCAUCAGAACCAGUCACUCCCCAGGAUACAAGUGCAUUCAUUACAUAUUCUGAUGGUAAUAUCUGCCUUUUGGAGCCUCCUGUCACAGCAGAACCCCAGGCUGUUGACUAUGAGGAUAAUGAAACUAUGUCUGCCACAGAGAGGUCUACAGAGAGUGUGGAAGAACAGCAGGAGGAGGGUCCGUCAAAUGCUGCUGCGCAGAUGAACACAUUACCAGUUAAGGAGUUGUAUAGAAUACAUCUUAUUAAAAAAAUAGAAAAAAAUAACAAAGAAAUGUUAUACGUGGACCGCCAGAUUGAAAAGACAGAUCUAGAAAUUGAAAUUCUCAAACAAAAGCUAGAGGAAAUGAAGAAACCCAAAUAAAGUAUGAUUUGCAUUUAUUCCGUUUCUGUCUUUCAUCGGUGGUGAUG